AUGGCUGCCUUGGAGCUCUCUGCCGUGUCGUCGCGUCUGACCACCGUGGAGGCUACCGGCAUCGUCCAGAAGAACACCGCCGUCAACACCAAAGCCGCAUUCUUCGGCGCUUCCAUUCGCCACACCGCCAACGCGGCAUCCCGACGCCGCUCGCAAACCGUGCGCGCGGAGGCUCCCGCCGAGGGUGCCAAGACGAACGUUGCGAGCCGCCCCGCCGUGUCGCAGGAUGCGGACUUGGCGCUGCAAAGCCAGCGCGUGAGCAGCGGCAAGUCGCUCGUGCCGCCCACUCCUAAAGACUUCGUGUCGCGCUACGGCGACAACGAGCCGCGCAAGGGCUGCGACAUUCUCGUGGAGGCCCUCGAGAGGGAGGGCGUGCGAACGCUCUUCGCUUACCCUGGCGGCGCGUCCCUCGAGAUUCAUCAGGUAUCGUCUCUUUCCAAAUUCUACCUUGAGAUGCUUCUUGAAAGUAACUUACCUUGCGUGUCUCCCGCGUUGGCGCUCCUGCCGUCUUCUUGUGAGGCGCUGACGCGGUCGCCGAACAUCCGCACGAUCCUGUGCCGGCACGAGCAGGGCGAGGUGUUCGCCGCGGAGGGCUACGCCAAGGUCUCGGGGCGCGUCGGCGUGUGCAUCGCGACGUCGGGGCCCGGCGCGACGAACCUCGUGACGGGAUUGGCCGACGCGAUGCUGGACUCCGUGCCGCUCGUCGCGAUUACUGGCCAGGUGCCGCGGCCGUUUAUUGGGACGGACGCGUUCCAGGAGACGCCGAUCGUGGAGGUGACGCGGUCGAUCACGAAGCACAACUACCUCGUCAUGGACGUUGACGAUAUCCCGCGCGUCGUGCGCGAGGCGUUCUUCCUGGCAGCCUCGGGUCGCCCCGGUCCUGUUCUCAUCGACGUGCCCAAGGACGUGCAGCAGACGCUCGCCGUGCCGUCCUGGAACCAGCCCAUGCGCCUCAACGCCUACCUCUCGCGCCUCCCGCCGCCGCCGCAGCGCGCGCAGGUGGACCAGAUCCUCCGCCUGCUGCGCUCCGCCAAGCGCCCCGUGGUCUACCUUGGCGGAGGCUGCCUGCACGCGGCGGACGAGGUCCGCGAAUUCGCGCGCCUGGCGGGAGUCCCGGUGGUGUCCACGCUCAUGGGGCUGGGCGUGUACGACCAGUCAGCGCCGGAUGCGCUGCACAUGCUGGGCAUGCACGGCACCGUGUACGCUAACUACGCCGUCGACUCGUCAGACCUUCUGCUGGCUUUUGGCGUGCGCUUUGAUGACCGCGUCACCGGCAAGCUCGAUGCCUUCGCGGCGCGCGCGAGCAUAGUGCACAUCGACAUCGACCCGGCGGAGAUCGGGAAGAACAAGGAGGCGCACGUCAGCAUGCACGCCGACACGCGCCCCGCGCUCGCGCUGCUCAACGCCGCCAUCAAAGAGGAGGUGGCGGACGGGCGCCCGCUGCCGUCGUACGCGGAGUGGCGCGCCGAGUGCAUGGCGCAGAAGGAGAAGUGGCCGCUCAAGUACCCCCAGGUGGAGGAGGCGAUUCUCCCCCAGGAGGCGAUAGAGAUGCUGUACGAGAUCACCAAGGGAGAGGCCGUGAUCGCAACAGGGGUGGGGCAGCACCAGAUGUGGGCGGCGCAGUUCUUCAAGUACCAGCAGCCGCGCCGCUGGAUCACCUCGGGCGGGCUCGGCUCCAUGGGCUUCGGCCUGCCCUCUGCUCUAGGCGCCAUCGCCAGCAAUCCGGGCCUGCCCGUGAUUGAUAUUGACGGCGAUGGGUCGUUUAUCAUGAAUGUUCAGGAGCUCGCCACGAUUACGGCCGAGAAGCUGCCGGUCAAGAUCAUGAUUUUGAAUAACCAGCACCUGGGCAUGGUGGUGCAGUGGGAGGACCGGUUCUACAAGGCCAACCGAGCGCACACCUUCCUGGGCCUGCCAGACAACGAGGACGAGAUCUUCCCCGACUUCACCAAAUUCGCUGAGGCCUGCAAGGUGCAAUCGGAGCGUGUCUCGCGCAAGGCGGACCUGCGGGGAGCCAUAGAGCGCAUGCUGGCAGCAGAGGGGCCCUACCUGCUGGAUAUCAUCGUGCCGCACCAAGAGCACGUGCUGCCCAUGAUUCCGGGCGGCCGCACGUUCAAGGAUAUUAUCACAGAGGGGGAUGGCCGGCAAGAGUAUUGA